UUGGGCUUCCCAGAACUUCAGUCAGAGUUGAGCCCGGGAGCAGUGCUCGCGAUUAUGGCGAAGUCCGGGAUGGGACGCCAAGCGGACAGCGCGGCUGCGGCAGUCACUGUGCUGACUCGGGCGGUGGAACUAGAUUCGGAGUCCCAGUACCAGCCCGCUCUGGUGUGUUACCAAGAGGGGAUUGACCUGCUCCUGCAGGUUCUGAGAGGCACCAAAGAUCCUGCUACGAGAUGCAGUCUCAGAGAAAAAAUUUCUCGCUAUAUGGACAGAGCAGAAAACAUCAAGAAAUACUUGGAUCAAGUAAAAGAAGAUGGAAAAUACCACAAGCAAAUUAAAAUAGAAGAGAAUGCAACAGGUUUCAGUUAUGAGUCACUUUUUCAAGAAUACCUUAAUGAGACAGUUACAGAAGUUUGGAUAGAAGAUCCUUAUAUUAGACAGACACAUCAGCUAUAUAACUUCCUUCGAUUUUGUGAGAUGCUUAUUAAAAGACCAUGUAAAGUAAAAACUAUUCAUCUUCUCACCUCUCUGAAUGAGGGCAUUGGGAACAUGCAGCAAAGUAGUGGCCUAAAAGAAAUAAAAGAGUCACUCAGGAACCAUGGAGUAUUGUUGGAAGUAGAAUAUUCUUCUUCAAUACAUGACCGAGAAAUUAGGUUCAACAAUGGAUGGAUGAUUAAGAUUGGAAGGGGACUUGAUUAUUUUAAGAGACCACAGGGUCGUUUUUCCCUUGGAUAUUGUGAUUUUGAUUUAAGACCAUGUCAUGAAACAACAGUGGAUAUUUUUCAUACCAAGCACACAAAAAAAAUAUGAUGGGUAGCAGCCUUAUAUGUUUCUACUCUAAGUGAUGUCUUAGUCUGUUUUCUGUUGCUACAACUGAAUACCACAGACUGGGUAAUUUAUAAAGAAUCGAGGUUUAUUUAGCUCAUGAUUCUGGAGGCUGCAAAGUCCAAGAGCAUGGUGCCGGCAUUUGAUGGAGGCCUCCUUCCUGCAUAUUAACAUGGCCGUGCAUCUCUAGCCAGAGAGAGCUUGCUACAACACACCACACCAGCAACAGCCCAUAACCCAUUAUCACAAAGGAGCCUCUACAACCCAAUCAUCUCCCAGCACUGCUGCAGUGGGGACCAGAUUUCCAGUACCUGAACUUCUGGGUCGAAGCUUAGCCAGUGAUUAUUGGAAUUUAUUUUUUUAUAUGAACACCUGACUUUUAUAAUGUAUAAAUGUAACAAUAAACUCUAUUUCUAGU